GGGUUUCCUGUCGGAGGGCAGGCGAGGAAGUGGCGGUGGCAGCGGCUAUGAAGCCCCGGUGGCUCUGCGUCUGCCUGCUGGCGCUCGCGGCAUGGAGUGCCCGCCGGUCGGGCGCUUACUUCCCGGAGGAGCGCUGGGUGCCUGAAUCCGCGCUGCGGCCUCCCCGCGUCCUGCUGGCUCUGCUCGCCCGCAACGCGGCUCACUCGCUGCCGGCCACGCUGGGCUGCCUGGAGAGGCUGCGACAUCCCAAGGACCGCAUCGCGCUCUGGGUGGCAACAGAUCACAACAUGGACAACACAACUGCAGUGCUUCGGGAAUGGCUCACGAACGUUCGGAGCAUGUAUCACUCAGUGGAGUGGCGGCCCAUGGACCAACCCAGGUUCUAUCCAGAUGAGGAAGGGCCCAAGGAUUGGUCCAACUCACGCUAUGAACACGUCAUGAAGCUCCGACAAGCAGCUUUGCAGUCUGCCCGAGACAUUUGGGCUGACUACAUCCUGUUUGUGGAUGCAGACAAUUUAUUGACAAAUCCUGACACUCUGGGCCUUUUGAUAGCGGAGAACAAGACGGUGGUGGCACCAAUGCUGGACUCGCGAGCAGCCUAUUCCAACUUCUGGUGUGGGAUGACCUCACAGGGCUAUUAUAAGCGCACCCCUGCUUACAUCCCCAUCCGGAAGCGGGAUCGCCGUGGUUGCUUUGCUGUACCCAUGGUGCACUCUACCUUUCUCAUCAACCUACAAAAAGAGGCCUCACAAAACCUUGUUUUCUACCCUCCCCACCCAGAUUAUACCUGGGCAUUUGAUGAUAUCAUCGUCUUUGCCUUUGCCUGUAGACAGGCAGAAGUUCAGAUGUACGUGUGCAACGAAGAAGUAUAUGGCUUCCUCCCGGUGCCUCUACGAUCCCACGGCACCCUGCUUGAUGAAGUGGAGAGCUUCAUGCAUGUGCAGCUGGAGAUCAUGGUUAAGAAUCCUCCAGUGGAACCUUCUCAGUAUUUGUCUGUGCUUCCGAAAAUCCCAGAUAAGAUGGGAUUUGAUGAGGUCUUCAUGAUUAACCUUAAGCAUCGGACAGAUCGACGAGAACGGAUGCUGCAAGCCCUCUCCAAGCAGGAGAUUGACUGCAGAGUUGUUGAAGCCGUAGAUGGGAAGGCAAUGAAUAACAGCCAAGUGGAAGCCAUGGGCAUCAAGAUGUUGCCGGGUUACAAAGACCCGUACCAUGGACGUCCACUCACAAAGGGAGAAUUGGGCUGCUUCCUCAGCCACUAUAAGAUUUGGCAAGAGAUUGUUGAGAGAGGCCUGGAGAAGUCAGUGGUGUUUGAGGAUGACCUGCGCUUUGAGAUCUUCUUCAAACGGCGCAUGAUGAACCUCAUGUUUGACUUAGAAGAAGAGGGCCUUGACUGGGAUUUAAUCUACAUUGGUCGGAAGCGCAUGCAGGUGGAGCAUCCAGAGAAAGCUGUGCCCCACAUCCGCAAUCUGGUGGAGGCUGACUACUCCUACUGGACCCUGGGCUAUGUCAUCUCCCUCCAGGGGGCCAAGAAACUGCUAGAUGCUGAGCCCCUCUCUAAAAUGUUGCCAGUGGAUGAGUUUCUUCCAGUCAUGUUUGACAAACACCCUGUGACUGAAUACAUGGAACAUUUUGACAACCGGAAUUUGCUGGCCUUCUCAGUGGAGCCCCUGCUGGUUUAUCCAACACACUACACGGGAGAUGAUGGUUACAUCAGUGAUACAGAGACCUCAGUGGUGUGGAACAAUGAGAAUGUCAAAACGGAUUGGGAUCGGGCCAAGUCCCAGAAAAUGAAGGAGCAGCAGGAGUUGAGGAAUGAGGCCAGGAACUCAGACGUGCUCCAGUCCUCACUUGACAGGACAGCCCGGGAUGAGCUAUGACACUGCAUGGAUGCUGAGGAAGGGGACCGGGGGAGAGACAAUGCAAGGGAAGGCUUUUCUCUUCUCAGGGUUUAUGGGUUAAUUCUCUCAGAUGUCAAUGAUGGGGGGCAUCAUACCACCUGGCAGUGCCUAUGGGAAGCCUCAGUUCCCUGCAGCCUGGGGAGCUUGAUAUGGAAACGGUGGCAUCUGCUUAGGUCUACCAUCUCCAGCUCUCCUAUUCUGCGUACGAAUGUGGGGCAGGUGCAGUCUUGCAGUUCUCAUUUGAGAAGUUUUAUUCUCUAAUAACUGGCCUUUUACAGGAACCCUCUGUGUUGGGAGGGGGACACCUUUAAGAGAUGCAGCACAGAUUAGCCGGUGUCGGUGCCAUUAUGUUCUGUAUCAGACAAAACCAUUUCUCUUGGCUUAAGGCGGUAACAAUAUUUGGGUGAAUUUUAUAUAAAUGUUCUUCCAGUGACAGUUUCAUCUCUCUUUCCGGAAGAAUCUUGACUUUUUCUCUCCUGGUACCUUGGUAGUGUUAAAGUCUCAAGUGUGGGCUACCAAAAGUCAGGCCUUAUAGGCCAAUUACAAUAUGUUUUAUUAAUUACUGCUUUUUUCCAGAGAAAAUGUUACUGUACUUAGGAAUGUUCAAAGGUCAUGUGUCAAACAAGUAAGGUACAGGUAAAGGUUUCCCUUGACAUUAAGUCCAGUCCUGUCCGACUCUAGGGGGCGGUGCUCAUCUCUGUUUCAAAGCCGAAGAGCCGGCGUUUGUCCGUAGACACUUCCGUGGUCAUGUGGCUGGCAUGACUACACAGAACGCCGUUACCUGCCUGCCGAAGCGGUACCUAUUAAUCUACUCACAUUUGCAUGUUUUCGAACAAGUAAGGAAGUGUUUAAAAGUUUAAUUCAAACUUUUAUUGUAAUUUAUAUAAUAAAUUGUCUAUGGGGCCUGACUUUUGGUACACCCUGUAUACAUAUUGUACAUGCAGUAGUAAAUAACUGUCUCUGGAUGAGCAGGAUCAGUGAGGAAGGGGAAGCCAUCAUAAGGAGUAGAGAUUUUAAGUGGAAUACAAGCAUGCAUUGGAAAAUCUUAGAAGAUACAACUCAAUGGCAGCUUGGCUGUUCCUUUACCGUAUGGGAAAAGCAAGGUACCAUUUUGAUGUUCCCACCAUGGACUGAGCUUCUGGUGAUGGUACAGAUGCCCCAGAAUGUGCAGCUGUACUUAAUUUACUUAGCAAGCCCCACCCAGGUCCUUGUGAUAGAGGAUGUACCUCCUCCUGUAACUACAUUUUUGUCUCAAGUUUGGUCAACGCUGUGUGAUGGAUAGCCCAUGAUGUAGAUGAUACUACAGCUGGAUGGCAUCUGAGAGAAACCUCCUCAGACAUGGCAUUCACAUGCAGGUGUGUGUUGCGGUGUUCAUAAAGCUCUUCUGUCAGUUUUUCUUGCCUCUGUAUUCUGUACGUGGUUUGUCAAACUUCUGGCCACAAAGUUCUGAACAUCCUACUUACUGAUAAGAUGCACAUGCAUGCACUUGCGUACACACCCACAUUAAGUGCCUAAUUGCUUCUUGCUAUUUAUAUCUGAUGGGAAUCUCUCACUCAACCUUGCAGUUAUCUAGUUAUGUCUCACUUGGUCCCCUUUAUGACGUGAAAACAUUGAUGAGAUAUCCAUCUUUUCCUGCCUCUGUUUUUUAACAGAAGUAUUUAUUCUUUAGCACAUAUGCUGGUACAGCAACAGAUGAUGCAUGGGUCUAAUAUACGUAUUUGGAGCAGCCUUUGAUUCCAUUUCUUCUGGUGCUUGUAGUUGCAUUAACAGAACUAGAUGGAUGCCCCAGACUUUACAUAUGCAAAGACAGGCUUAGAACUGGUGGUGCUAAUUAUAGUUAAGUUUAAAACUGCUUUGUAAUGGGGGAGAGGGAAGGCCUACGUCAGUAACAGAGGUGGAGAACUGUGAUUUCCAGACUCUUAAUACUGCUGCAUAGGGACUGCUGGAAGUUACGGUUCAGUGACAUAUGGAGAACCAUAGCACCUGUCUGCCCUCUUUCUUUGGAAAAACAUCAGAGCAGCUAUUUGGGAGAAAAGUGGGAGGGAGAGAAUACAAAAGCAUCUGGUGUUGUAUCAUGCCUUGGCUAAUUUGGGAUGGGGCACUGAACUCUGACCUCACAUUUCUUCGUGCAGACCAGCUGAAGCUAGAACUAGUCCAGAAGGUAUUUAUCUGUGAGGACUGAUGUGAAGGAGAACGAGCAUGUAUCUCAGUCCCAACUCCUGUUUGAUUUUUGCAUCAGCAGCACCUUCUGUGUCAACUUUCACAGACUGCUAAUUUGAAGAGGAGAUAACCUGCACACACACACUUGCCCUCACAAUUUUCACAGAAUUUCAAAGAAAUCAGUGAGCUGCCUGUUCUGCAAAAGCAGAUGUACAGCUGACUGAGAAUGAGAUGACGUGACUGGGCAGAUACAAAGAGAGAGUUCUCCAGGUGCAAGGCCAACAUUGCCUUAAGGUAUUCAACAUUGGGCCAUAUUGCUGAAUUCCCCCAAAUAUUCUGUGUAUCUAUUGGGAUUUAGAUCCAUGACAAUGGGAGUGGGAGUUUAGUUUCUACUGCCUGUGGUGGUUGAAGUUGUUUGGCAGUUUUUAAUAUUUAAAAGAUGCUGAAGGUCUAGAAAACUGAAAAAAGCAAAGAAAUGGACACAGUCAUUUUCUCCAGCUUUUAUAAUGACAUCUGUAGACUAAUGCCCACCUGAAGGUUGUCUCAUGUUAGAAGAAAAAUCAAUACAUUUUUUUUUGAGAUCAUGAAAAUGAUUUGCAAGUUCUAAAACACCAUCAUAUAUUCUUCUGUCAUUGUUGUCUUCUCUUUGGAGCAAUCAAAACACUAAAAUGAUCUGGCAUUCAUGUGUCAAUCUGUGCCUUUUUUCCUUUGUCUGUGUAGGUGAUCAGAUUUUACUGGUCUUUAUAGUGCUAUACGGAUUGCUUGGUAAAGCUAUGUGUGACUA